AUGGUAAUGAGAGUAGUUCAUGGAAGUGGAUAUGAUCGCUUGACGAAAGACGGAAAUACAGAAAAAAAGGAAAACGAUAACAACGACGACGAAAAAGACAUUGGCAACGCCAGCGACAACGACAUUGAUAAGAAGUACGACAACAACGAUAGCAUUAGCGACGAUGCCAACGACGAUGACAACGACACUGUCACUGGCGAUGACGACGAUCAUGAGAACGGAGACAUCGUCAAUGACAACGAUAACAGUGACGAUUUAGACUAUAGCAACGACGACGACGAUGACGACAACGAUAAUGACUACGGCAACAACGAAGAUGACAGCAACAACGACGGCGAAGACGACCACAAUAGCGAAGACGACAACGACGACCAUGACGACGAAAGGCGCGCUGUAUUCCAGAAGCUUCCCCGCUAUCUCCCACCAGAUAAAUGCACAUUAUCUACCUUCAGCCUCGUGUCAGCUGUUCGAAUCUGA